AUGCGCCUUUCUCUUUUAUCACUGUUUUCAUUUGCCCUUCAAGUGCUGACUACAUCCGCAGCAACACCGACUUUCUCUCUCGCCAGACGUCAGCUCCCCAGCCAACUCGAGGACGUCCCCGAGGAAUGCCAAAAGCACUGUAAGGAAGGAAUUAAGAUCCACGAGAAAUGUGGCGAACACCCACAGGACUCAGAAGAGUACUUUAUCUGCGUUUGCGAAGUAGAGACCAUCAUCGCACUUCACAAGUGCUUCAAGUGUAUCUCGUCUGACGAGGCCCAAGAGGCUGUUAACGUGACUGAUCAUGAUUUCUUCUUGGACCUUCACCACUAUCCAACAGACUUCGCCCAAUUCUGCGCAGACAACAACCACGAGAUCCGAGAGCUAGAGAGGGACGAAUUCGGGAACAUAAAUAUCUCAGACGACAUCUCAGACGAUGUAUCCGAAUGGGCCGAAGACGACGAUACUUUCGACUACGAUGAUACCGAAGCUACACGCGUCUCAACCGCCGAAGGUACCGUUCGCACUGGGUACAACGUGACCCAACAAGAAUCCGACGCCGUCAGCAAUCCGGGUAUCGGAGUGGGUCUUGUCGUGUUUUUGGGUGUCGGUUUUGGCGCAGUUUUCAUUGCCUAG